CUACAUUUCGUGUUACUGCGGCAUACUGACAAACUUGUUAUCUUAUCAGACAUCAACGAAUGCGAUUCAAAUAAAUACAUCUGUGGCUAUACUGGUAUAUGUAUGAACACCAUUGGAGGUUAUUCCUGCGAAUGCCCUCCUGGCGAGAUGAUGAUGAACUCUCGUUGCGUUGGUAAGUUUCAUGCUUAGUAUAUAGGCUAAGAAACAUCAUUUGCACACAUGGUUAGCACAUGGCAUUUCAAUGCUACGUAGAACAUAAAUAUCGAGGUUUUUGUAGAUGAAAUCUUCGGGCGGAAAGUUAUAUAAUGUUCUCUGUUCAGUGGUUAAUUGAACCACGUUCAAUGGACGUUCUUAUUGUCUCACUAAGACGAAGAUUGACGAGUUGUGCUGAUUUUAGAUCAUUUAACAUUCAAUUUUAAUUCCCUCUUGGGAAUUGUCUAUGCUUAGUUUUCCAUUCAAUUCCCAACGGUGGAAGAAUAUGAUUUCGACCGGCAAUUUUUAUUUGACGAGUAUGUGGCCAUUUCUCAUCGUUAUGAUUUAAAAAAGGUAUCAUAGAAAAGCUAAAUAACAGCUCUUUCGUCCUAUGUAAAAAUUGAAUUGUUUAGCUAAGUUUAUGAUGCACGACAGCCUGUUGAAUUUCCAUAGCGUUUUUUUUUAGACACCCAUGGCAUACAGAGGGUACCCUUGUAAUAUUCCCCCCCUACACUCCCUCUGACCAGGGCUAGGGGGUGGUUGAGGCUAGCGUGUUAGAAUAAGGUCUAUGUAUGUAUGUAUGUGUGUAUAUAUAUAUAUAUGUAUGCAACACCUGUCUAUGUCAAAUUUUACAUUUUUAGAUAUGCGCCAGAAAGAGUGUUUCAAAGACCAGCAAGACCUAACAAACAUCGAAAGUAGUACCCCGGGUUCCUCCUGUAAUGAAAGCCUGAGCAGUCGUCCAAUCACACGCGUUGAAUGUUGUUGUAGUAAAGGAACGGCGUAUGGUCACCCUGACAUGUGUAAUCUCUGUCCUAUACCCCUAACAGGUAAAUCAUCUUUAUAGCCUACCAGAGGAUGAAACACUGAGAAAAAAAGUGAAAUCCAUACUACGAAAUUUGCAAUUGCACCACUAAAUCCAUAGUAUAUCCAUCCUAUUUCCAUACUAUAUAUGCAUAGUAUGGAAAUAUACAAUUAUUAUGGAUAACCAAAAUCCAAUAAAGGUAGAUCCAUACAAUUUCCAUUCUAUGACCUUCUAUCGAUUUUCAAAAUUUUUUCCAGUGAAAUUUAAAAAUUUUUAAUCGCCCAAGUGGCUAGCAGUGAGCUGUUUUAAAACAGGGUCAUGCGAUGGAAUAGGUAUUUUGCUACAAUCAUAAUGUGAUACUUUGCUGUAUCGCAAGCUUAGCAUUGUUUGGCGUGCUGCUUUUGUUCGCUGUCAGAAUCUCAAUUAUUUAAGGGGCUGGAUGUUAAUUUUCCACCCUUUUAUUUUCUUUAGAACGCAAUAGAAUGUAUCUAAUAGAUAUGUAUAAUGGACUGCUGAUGUUGCCUAGACCAAACACUAGUUUUUUGAAACGUAGUUUUAGUUACGUGGCAUCCAGGGCCUGGAAUCAAUUAGUCAAAUAUAAGGCGAAUAGCUAUGAUAUUGUUAUUGGAAAUAGAAGUUUAUUAUUUGUUGUAAAUUUUUAUCUUAACUUGCACGGCCCUGUGAAAAACAGUCUGUCAUAUGUGGGUUGAUCAGGCUACCGUGUCAAAAUAAAUUUAAAUUGAAUUGAAUGGAUUCUUUUUCUAGAUGAAUAUUAUGCGUUAUGCGGAAUUGUUGAACCAACAAAACCCACAGGACCUGGUGGUGGCGGCACCCCGUUUCCUCCUGGAGGUACACCUGGAAUGGUUCCAAUAACAGGUAAAAUAUCCUCUCUCAUGAAUCCAUUGUAUUUAAGCCUGCGUUACACUAUCAAAGUUUCAGUGACCACAGUAGGAAUUUUGCAUACAUAGGUAAAUUCUAAGUUUUGAAGUACUAGUACUAGAUCGAGUAUCUUUCGGUCUGAUAAAACACGCACUGCAAAUGUUUUAAAUUGCUUCAAAAACGAUCGAACUUACUUGAGUUCAUUGGCGAAGUAAUUUUCAAACAAAUACGUUGUGUAAGUCGAGAAAAUCAAAGUUAAAGUUUAUGUAAAUCAAGGGAAAUCUCUAUCACAUAUAAACGAAACGACACGCUUAUGAUUUUUCUUUGUGUUUUCAUCAUGAAUUAUUUUUGAGUUUUUGAAAGAUUUGUAAGAAUUAUUUGAGAGAACUGUUAAGCUGUUCAACACUGAUUCAGUUUCCUCAAACAUUUCUUGCAAACGUCUUCUUCAUAGAGAGCAUAGAUAUCUUAUCUAAACUAGAUAGCGCAUCCCUUUUAGUAAAAUUGAAGCCAAGAAUAUUCCAGCGGUUACCCCCAUUUGAAUAGAUGGCGGCCAUGUUGGAGUUUCCCACUCGCUAAUAAACGCUAAAAAAACAACAGUAACUUUCAUCAUUUGAAUAGUUUAAAAAUGUAUUUGGAAUAGGUUUAACUUAAUGUUUAAGUUCCCUGUUUAAGAAAUAGAAAACAUAUACAAGUCUUCUCAUUUCAUGGGAAUAUCCUGAGUCUGCAAUCACGGCUUCAAUUUUUGAAUUGUAGAAUAAUUAGAUGCACUAUCUAGUGUAUAUAAGAUAUCUAUGAUAGAGAGACGUCCUCGCAUUUUCCUAGAGCUGGAAGCUCUACAGUUAGCUGAAAUUGAUAAUCUAGCCGAUAAAAGGAAUAUGAUAUGUUAAAAAUACAUGAAUAAAAUGAAAAGCACAAAUCAUCCUUUGCAUGCGUUGAAAACUGUAAUUAUGCGCUUAGAGAUAAAGCCGAAGAACUUCUUCGAAUUAUCAUCUUGCCAAAUUAGCAUACAAAGCAAUGAAUUGUGAUGACUGGCCUUCAUACUUAAAAUUAGAGGAGUAUAUUCCUAUAAGAACAUUACGAUCAUCAUCUGCCCGGCGUCUAGUAGUCCCUGUUAUCUCUGGAACCUUCCAAGAUGAAGCAGCUCGAGUGUUCAAUUCUUUACCUGAAGAAAUUCGAAACUGCGAUACAUUUAAAGAUUAUUGCAGAAACUCCUCCGAGUACUUUAAAACAUUAGUCAAAAACAGAAUUAGUGACACGUCGUAAACUCUGUUGAUAUUGUGUGUAUAACUGUACUAUAUUUUACUGUGUAUAAGUAAUGUCAAUUGUUAAAUACUGUAAUGUACAACAUACUACGUAUUGUAAUACUUGUUGUGUCGUAUUAUGUCCUUACUCCGUUGUAUGUAUUGUAUACUUUGUUAUCUUAUAAUCAAACUCACUUGUAGCAUAGAAGAGCCACUAUGUGGAAAUGCUAUUAAAUCAUUAUUAUUAUUAUGUACUGAAGAGUUUUUUACCUUAAUUAUUAGGAAUGUUAAAUAUUAUUAACAUCCCUAAUAGACAUUAUCUCUUAAAUAACUAACAUCUUUAUCAUAUUAUUGUAAAUAUAGACUUAUACUUUAGAUAGAUUGUAUCAAUUUAUAUUACGAUUCUUAAAUACCUUUUGAGCGAAUGUUGUAAAAGAAUAUAUAACUGGAUAAUUCAGUUCUUGUUAUACUGCGAGAGAGUUUGAAUAAACCAUUAUUAUUAUUAUAUGGAAUAGCGCAAUAGUCUAAAUUUCGAUUCCUGACCAGUAGCAGACUUGCAACAAUGCUGUUUCAACAUUUUUAUUAUUAAGAGUAUGUAUUUAAAUUUUUAGACGUCGAUGAAUGUUCAUUCGUCAAAGAUCCCUGUGGUAUGGGUGUAUGCAUGAAUACAUAUGGCAGCUAUAGAUGUGAUUGUGAGGAAGGAUUUGCAGUGCAGAAUGGAGAUCCAAUGUGCAAAGGUAUUUUUAUCCAAAUUCAACCAUGACAAAGCAAUUUUUAUCCAAAUUCAAUCCAAUUUUUAUCCAAAUUCAACCAUGUCAAAGCAAUUUUUAUCCAAAUUCAAUCCAAUUUUUAUCCAAAUUCAACCAUGGCAAAGCAAUUGUUAUCCAAAUUCAGUCCAAUUUGUAUCCAAAUUCAACCAAGGCAAAGCAAUUUUAUCCAAAUUCUGUCCAAAUUUCAUCCAAAUUCAGGCAAAAUUUGUUCAAUUUGUCCUUGGGCAACGUAUAUUAGUCCCACAAAUUCUCGUAUUAAUACCGCGCGUUUCAAAACACUCAUCAACUCUCAUGGAAAUUUUGAGAGUACAUGAGAGUCGAUGAGACUUGGCAGUCAAAGUCGAGCGAGAGUUGCAAAUCUCAUCCUCGUUUGACCGUGGCGUAACUUUGUAUAUUAUCUGAAAUGAGUGAUGACACUUUAUUGUCCUUUUAGAUAAAAACGAAUGUUUAGUGAACCCAUGUGUUGGCGGUCAGUGUAAAAAUACAUUUGGUAGUUUCAUGUGUACAUGUAGUGCUGGUUACAUUGUCGAUGAAACUGGCCUCAGGUGUGUCGGUAAGUCCACUGUAUUUACCUACUUAUCCUACAUACUUAACUACCUACCUACCUGCCUACCCCUACAUACCUACCUACCUGCCCACCUACCUACCUACCUACCUAAACCACCUACCUACCCACCUACUUACCUACCUACCUACCUAAACCACCCACCUACUUACCUACCUACCUACCUAAACCACCUACCUACCCACCUACUUACCUACCUACCUACCUAAACCACCUACCUACCCACCUACUUACCUACCUACCUACCUACCUACCUAAACCACCUACCUACCCACCUACUUACCUACCUACCUACCUAAACCACCUACCUACCCACCUACUUACCUACCUACCAACCCCUUCCUUCCUAUCUACCUACCUGCCUACCUACCAGCCUUCCUAACUUCCUACCCACCCACAUACCUAACUACCCACCUACUUACCUACCUACCCUCCUACCUAUCCCUACCUACCUACCUACCAACCUUCCCAACUUCCUACCCACCCACAUACCUACUCACCCACCUCCUUUCCUAACUACCUACCCACCCACCUACCUACUCACCCACCUACCUAACUACCUACAUUCCUUACUACCUAUCUACCUAAACCACCCACCAAGUCCACUGUAUUUACCUACUUAUCCUACCUACUUACCAACCUUCCUAACUAACUUCCUACCCACCCACAUACCUACUCACCCACCUCCUUUCCUAACCACCUACCCACCCACCUACCUACCUAACUACCUACAUUCCUAACUACCUAUCGACCUAAACCACCCACCAAGUCCAUUGUAUUUACUUACUUAUCCUACCUACCUACUUGCCUACCUACCUGCCUACCCCUACAUACCUACCUACCCACCCACCUACACACCUACCGACCCACCCACCUACCUACCUUCCUAACUACCUAUUUACCCACCCACCCACCCACCUACCUAACACCUAUCUACCUACCUACUUAACUACUUUUCAUAUUUCCAAUGAUUUACUAGAUCACAAUGAAUGUCAUCUCAAUAAUACAUGUGUGAAUGGAAUAUGCGUGAAUGUAGUUGGUGACUACAGAUGUUUAUGUGGCUCAGGCUACCAGCCAUCCAGAGGAGGCAAGGCCUGUUCAGGUAUGAGGCUAAUAUCCCACUACACUAUCUGAAGUAUGUUUAUAGUGAAUAUAGUCAUAUGAUCAUAGAGCACCAUCUUUGUUAAACAGUUGUAUUGGUUUUUGAAUUGGCGGUAAAGAAGUAUCGAACUACUAUUAGCUACAGCUAAAUUACGGCUGUAGGAAUAGUCGAUGUAGAAUGCGUACUCGUUAUGUGAUUUAUAUAUUUCGUUAUAUAAUUCAAUUUGGCCAGAAGUAAAGACGUCUUGCAACUGGAUGAAAUUUCUCGUUUUUUAAUGACAUUUCAAAGUUGAAAUACUUUGUAUGUGAUAUUUAGACGUAAAUGAAUGUUCAAAUGGAAAUGACAGAUGUCCAGAUGGAAGAUGUGUCAAUACACCUGGUUCUUAUUCUUGUCAAUGUAAUGAAGGAUUUAGAGAGGAUUCCAGGCAUAUAUGUCGAGGUUUGUUCGUCUUUCUAGUCGUUUGUUUGUUUGUUUGUUUGUUUGUUUGUUUGUUUGUUUGUUUGUUUGUUUGUU